AUGCCGGCUACCGACUCGGCCGCCUGCCGGCUCCGCGCCAGCUUCUGCCCGCCGCGCCCGCCUUCGCCGGCUCCCGCGUGCCGGCCCCGCUCGCCGCCUUGCCUGGCCGCCUCUGCCUCCCUCCACCGGGCGCCGCUCCGGUGCGGGCCAUGCCCAGCUCCCGCCGGUUACGCCGACUGCUGGCUGCCGACUGCUCCACCAGGCCGACUGCUGGCUGCUGACUGCUCCACCAGGUCGACUGCUGGCUGCCGACUUCCCGGCCGCCCCUGCCGACUGCUGGCUGCCAACUGCUCCACCAGGCCGGCUGCUGGCUGCCGACUUCCCCCGGACGCCCCUGCCGACUGCUGGCUGCCGACUACUCCACCAAGCCGGCUGCUGGCUGCCGACUUCCCGGCCGCCCCUGCCGACUGCUGGCUGCCGACUGCUCCACCAGGCCGGCUGCUGGCUGCCGACUGCUCCAACCAGCUGGCUGCCCGAAGUCAACUGCAGCCUGACGCGACCCCGACGUGA